AUGAUGGAGCUGCAGAUCGACGAGGUGGUCUACCAGGACGACUACGGCUCCGGCUCCGUGAUGUCGGAGCGGGUGUCGGGCCUGGCCAACAGCAUCUACCGGGAGUUCGAGCGGCUGAUCCGCAGCUACGACGAGGAGGUGGUGAAGGAGCUGAUGCCGCUGGUGGUGAACGUGCUGGAGAACCUGGACGGGGUGCUCACCGAGAACCAGGAGCACGAGGUGGAGCUGGAGCUGCUGAAGGAGGACAACGAGCAGCUCAUCACCCAGUACGAGCGGGAGAAGGCGCUGAGGAAGCAGGCGGAGGAGAAAUUCAUUGAGUUUGAAGAUGCCUUGGAAGCUGAGAAGAAGGACCUGCAGGUACAGGUGGAGUUUCUGGAGCUGCAUGGGAAACAGCUGGAGCUCAAGACGAAGAACUACUCCGACCAACUCACUCGGCUGGAGGAGCGAGAAUCCGACAUGAAGAAAGAGUACAACGCUCUGCACCAGCGCCACACUGAGAUGAUCCAGACGUACGUCGAGCACAUAGAGCGCUCCAAAAUGCAGCAGGCAGGGACCAACAGCCAAUCGGAAGGCCCCGGCUGUGGACGAACCAAAGCGGAGCGCCCGCCGUCGUUGAGCCUGUACCCCACCGGCGAGGGCAUGGUACGUGGGGGUCUCGGGGGGGCUAGGAUGAUGCCCGGGAAAGACAUCUGGCAGGUCAGCGAGCUCGGCCAGUCUAUCUCCAGCUCUGCCUAUCAGGAGGAUGGAUCCGAGUCCGACUCAGUAGCAGCCACGCCCAGCAGCACAGGGAGCAAGUCCAACACCCCCACCUCCUCCGUCCCCUCCGCCACCGUCACCCCAAUCAACGAGGGCUUCCCCCCGCACGCCGAGUUCGAUGCCAUGCGGGCCGGGAACCACAGGAAAGGGGCCAAGCGGCUCAGCCGGAAUAUGGAAGUGCAGGUUUCACAGGAAACCAGGAACGUCAGCAUCGGUAUGGGAAGCAGUGACGAGUGGUCCGAGUUCCAGGAGAUCAUCGAUUCUACUCCUGAGCUCGACAUGUGUGUGGACCACCGCGUGUACGGAGGAGGAAACAGCCCCUCCCAGGGCAUCGUGAACGAGGCCUUCGGCAUCAACACCGACUCCCUCUACCACGAGAUCAAAGACGCCAAGUCGGACAUCAUCGGAGACGUGGACGCCGGCGCCGAGCUGCUCGGCGAGUUCUCAGUCCGCGAUGAUUUCUUCGGGAUGGGCAAGGAGGUGGAGAACCUGCUGACAGAGAACAAGCAGCUCCUAGAGACCAAAAACGCUCUGAACAUUGUGAAAAACGACCUCAUCGCCCAAGUGGACGAGCUGUCGGGGGUGCAGGAGGUGCUGAGGGAGGAGCUGGAGGCCGUGAAGCAGUCGAAGAACAAGGUGGACGCCAGAGUCAAGGAGCUGGAGGAGGAACUCAAGAGGUUAAGAGCCGAAGCUCUCGGUGCGUCUCGGGACUCAAAGGAUGAAGGAGCUGAUGAUUACUCCUCACCCAUGCAGGACGGCGACAUGACAAUGACGCAGCGGCGGCGCUUCACCCGGGUGGAGAUGGCGCGCGUGCUGAUGGAGAGGAACCAGUACAAAGAGAGACUGAUGGAGCUGCAGGAGGCCGUACGGUGGACGGAGAUGAUCAGGGCGUCCCGGGAGAGUCCUGCAAUCCAAGAGAAGAAGAAGUCGACCAUCUGGCAGUUCUUCGCCCGUCUCUUCAGCACCUCCUCCAGUCCUCCUCCGGUCAAGCGGCCGUACUACAGCGUCAACAUCCACUACAAGUCGCCCUCUCCGGCCGGCUUCUCUCAGCGCCGCAGCCAAACCAUGUGUCAGAUCUCCACCUCCAACCGCACGCUGGAGUUCUUCCCCGAAGAUGACUCGGCGCUUGUGGCCCGCCGAGAGCAGCGGCGCGAGCAGUACCGGCAGGUCCGCGAGCACAUGCGCCGCGAUGACGGCAUCAUGCAGGCCUGUGGCUGGAGUGUGCCCUCACGCUUCAAACAGACCACCAACGAAAAAGAUGAUAAAAGCAUGAAGAAUGUUCCUGUCCCGGUGUACUGUCGCCCCCUGGUGGAGAAGGACCCCAACAGGAAGUUGUGGUGUGCGGCGGGCGUGGACCUGUCCGGGUGGAGGGCCGGCAGCCAGGAGGCGGCCCCCGGCAGAGCCCUGAUGGGCGGCAGCGACCCCCUGCACGCCGACGAGGACGGAGCGGAGAAGAAGAGCAGCCACACGUCCCCGGAGAAGAGGAAGUCAAAGGAGCUCCAAGAGACAGACAGCAUGAACAGUCGCGUGUGGAUUCUCACCAGCACUCACUCGGCCAGCAAGGUGGUCAUCAUCGACGCCAACCAGCCGGGCUCACUGGUCGACCAGUUCAACGUCUGCAACGCCCACGUGCUCUGCAUCUCCAGCGUGCCAGCUGCCAGUGAGAGCGACUACCCGGCAGGAGAGAUCGUGUUGGAUCCGGGUGACGGAGGCGCCGGCGCAGGCGAGGACACCGGCAGCGUGGAGAACAUGUUGGCCGGUAUCACUCUCGUCGGCUGCGCCACCAACUGCAGCGUGGCCCGAAGCAACUGCUCCUCACGCACUGACACCCCCAUCAUGGACAAAGGACAAGCCCCCACCGCUCCCCCCAUGAACGGGAAGAUUCACCCUGCACAGUCGGCCGAGGAAGCCACCGAAGCCACAGAGGUCUCGGACUCAACGGCCAGCCACACGAUGGGAUCCGGUCCUCCAGGACCGUUCACCGAGCACGUCUUCACCGACCCCCAGCCUCGUCCCACAGACGUCUCCGACAGGUAAGAAAACGGAGGCCUGUCCAAAGAGGAUACGUCUCAGCCUACAGACUCAGAGGAUGGAGGAGACGAGUCCAAAAACUACACGAGCGUGGCCCCCACCAUGUGGCUCGGGGCCCAGAACGGCUGGCUCUACGUGCACUCGGCUGUUGGAAACUGGAAGAAGUGUCUCCACUCCAUCAAACUCAAAGACUCGGUGCUCAGCUUGGUGCAUGUGAAAGGUCGUGUGCUGGUCGCCCUCGCUGACGGGACCCUCGCCAUUUUCCACAGAUCAGAGGACGGCCAGUGGGAUUUGUCCAACUACCACCUCAUGGACCUCGGCCGGCCUCAUCACUCCAUCCGCUGCAUGGCGGUGGUCCACGACAAGGUGUGGUGCGGCUACAAGAACAAGAUCCACGUCAUCCAGCCCAAGAGCAUGCAGAUCGAGAAGUCCUUCGACGCGCACCCCCGCCGGGAGAGCCAGGUGCGGCAGCUGGCGUGGAUCGGCGACGGCGUGUGGGUGUCGAUCCGGCUCGACUCCACCCUGCGGCUCUACCACGCCCACACGCACCAGCACCUCCAGGACGUGGACAUCGAGCCGUACGUCAGCAAGAUGCUCGGAACCGGCAAGCUGGGCUUCUCCUUUGUGAGAAUCACGGCGCUUCUGAUUGGUGGGAAUCGCCUGUGGGUAGGAACUGGGAACGGUGUGAUCAUCUCCAUCCCACUGACGGAGACGGUGGUCCUUCACCGGGGACAGCUCCUGGGUUUGAGGGCCAAUAAGGUGUCUCCAACAUCCUCCACUGGAGUCAUCCACGUGUACGGAGACGACGGCUCUGAGAAGAGCAGCGGCAGCUUCAUCCCCUACUGCUCCAUGGCUCAGGCCCAGCUCUGCUUCCACGGACACCGGGACGCUGUCAAGUUCUUCGUCUCAGUGCCCGGCAAUGUCCUGGCCACCCUGAAUGGCAGCGUGCUGGACAGCCCGUCGGAGGGGCAGGGCUCCACAGCGCCCCCAGAGGCCGAGACCCAGAGUGUUCACAACGUGCUGGUGCUGAGCGGAGGAGAGGGCUACAUCGACUUCCGUAUCGGCGAUGGAGAGGACGACGAGACGGAGGAGGGCGAGAGCGGCGUGGCCACGCAGAUGAAACCUGCCUUGUGCAAAGCGGAGCGGAGCCACAUCAUCGUGUGGCAGGUGUCCUACGUACCCGAGUGACACCUGGAGCUGAUUUAAUGCCCCACACACACCCACCACCUCCUCCUCCUCCUCUUCCUCCUCCUCCCCCUGGCCCCAAAAAGCUUCCAGCCGCCCAAACCUUGUAAUUAAUCCCCGAUGGAGGAGAAGCUCCCUUGGCUCUGAAACGAGCACCAAGCUGUGUAUGGUCCCUUGUAACUAUGAUAUCCCCUCCUGCCCCAUCACCUUGUAACUCUCAAGCCUUGUAAGUACCUCCUCUAGUAAUCUGCCUGCCAUCCUAUCUCUCCCACCCAGGGCAUUGUUAACCAUCUUUAUGAGCUUUGUAACCCAGCCUCAUAACUACCUCCCCUCCUCUGUAUCGAUCUUAUAUCCACCCUGUGAGCACACUGUAUCUCCUCCUAUAUUUACCUCAAUUGCCCCCGAAUCAGCCCCGAGUGAGUCGUCCUCUUCCCUCAUUCAGUUUGUCUCCUGUGAAACCUCCACCUCGUCUCGAAGUGAGGCCCACAGACCCACAAUGCAACAGUUUUACCAAAAAUUAAAGUGUGACAAAACUGACUUCUACCACAAAUCAGCCGAUCAGAUAAUCCACAACCAUUUGAGACUGAAAACAUGAACCCUGAUUGUUGACGGGUGCAGAUUACAGGUGCUUUGACACUUUCAAUCUUUUUUGGCAUUAAAAUUGUUGCGAAACGGUUUAA